UGCUAACUUCACCUGCACAGACAUGGCUCCCUGCUCCACCAACUACUCCUCUUUUCACCACAUCAGGAUCUCUGAGAAAGACAACAUUAAAUUGAGAAAACCUGUUGUGGAGAAAAUGCGCAGAGAUCGCAUCAACAGCUGCAUCGAGCAACUCAAGGUCAUUCUGGAGAAGGAGUUCCACAAGCAGGAGCCCAACUCCAAGCUGGAGAAAGCCGACAUCCUGGAGAUGACCGUGAGCUUCCUGAGGCAUCAACUGCAGCCGGACCUCUGUCAGAGCGACUACAACCAAGGCCACUCUGUCACUUCUCUGCUUGGCCUCCAGCAGCAGGAGCAGCAGCAUCUCCAUCAGGCCCAGAGAGCCAGCAGCUACUCCCCAGUCUGCUCCACCUUGAGGCCCACCAUGCUGCAGGACAGCAGCAGCAGAGGCCCCGUGUGGAGGCCUUGGUAG